GGAGGAGGAAAAAACUGAAAAUGGGUUUUAGUAUUCCCAAUACUGUCACCAAAAUACUGAAAAUUUGAACCCGGAAGUGAAAGGAAUGGGGAACAAUAAUAAGGUUACACCCAAAGCCUCCAAAUCCCCGUUGCCGACUGAGUGAUGCUAGGCGGUGAGGAAGGGGUCCGAGACUAUGGCUUUCCCUGAGCCAAAGCCUCGGGGCCCGGAGCUGCCGCAGAAACGGUUGAAGACGCUGGACUGCGAGCAAGGGGCAGUACGAGCCGUGAGAUUUAACGUGGACGGUAAUUACUGCCUGACGUGCGGCAGCGACAAGACCCUGAAGCUCUGGAACCCACUGCGGGGGACGCUACUCCGUACCUAUAGCGGCCACGGCUACGAGGUGCUGGACGCGGCCGGUUCCUUUGACAAUAGCAAUCUCUGCUCCGGCGGCGGGGACAAAGCAGUGGUGCUAUGGGAUGUGGCAUCCGGGCAGGUCGUGCGCAAAUUCCGGGGCCACGCGGGGAAGGUGAACACAGUGCAGUUUAAUGAAGAAGCUACACUCAUACUGUCUGGCUCUAUCGAUUCCAGUGUGCGAUGCUGGGACUGUCGUUCACGGAGGCCUGAGCCAGUGCAGACACUGGAUGAGGCGAGGGAUGGCAUAUCUAGUGUGAAGGUGUCAGAUCAUGAGGUCCUUGCAGGAUCUGUGGACGGCCGCGUGAGGCGUUAUGACCUGAGGAUGGGGCAGCUCUUCUCGGACUACGUGGGCAGCCCCAUCACCUGUGCCUGCUUCAGCCGGGAUGGGCAGUGCUUGCUGGUGUCCAGCCUGGACUCCACCCUGCGGCUUCUGGACAAAGACACCGGCGAGCUGCUGGGCGAGUACACAGGCCAUCAGAACAAGCAGUACAAGCUGGACUGCUGCCUGAGUGAGCGUGACACUCAUGUGGUCAGCUGCUCCGAGGAUGGGAAGGUGUUCUUCUGGGACCUGGUGGAGGGUUCCCUGGCACUGGCCCUACCUGUGGGUCCCGGUGUUGUGCAGUCACUGGCCUUCCAUCCCACAGAGCCCUGCCUGCUGACCGCCAUGGCGGGAAGAAUCCAGUGCUGGCGAGAAGAGGCCUAUGAGGCGGAAGGUGGAGCAGGCUAGGCCUGGGACUGCCACCAGAUCCAAGGACCAAGACAACUGCAAAGGGCUGCCAGGCACCCUUUAUUCUAGAGAUGCUGCAGGCCAAGGAGUGGGAGAGGGGCAGAGUCUACAAAUUAAUAAAUAGAGGACGGGUGAGGCCUUCAGGGGCUGCAUCCACUCAGUCCUCGUUCUUCUCAGCCGUGAAAGCACCUGCCUUCUUGGCAAAGGUUUCAGCCACAAGCAGGGGGAAGACCAGGGAGGCGUCAGCGUAGACCUGUAGAGGGGACCUAGGUGAGCCUCAAACCCAUGGCCACAGCCCAGGAGACCCUGCCCCCCACCCAGCCAGCCUCUACCUUGACUGGCUGCGCAUCCAUCCGGAUCUUGCCCCAAGAAACAGCCUCAUCCGGCCGGGCACCAGAAUCCGAGCCAUCAAAUUCCUGGGCCGUGUUGAUGUAGACAGCAUAGUCAGCCCCAUUGCGCUGUAGGGAAAGGCAGAGUGGGCCUGGUCAGCCGGUCAUCAGACAGGAGACGAAGAAGCAGGACAUCAGCCAAAGAGACUGAGGGUUGUGUCAGCCAAAGGAAGCCCUCAAAAGUUCUUUUUUUCUAGGGAAGCUUCAAGUUGUGUGUAUACAAAAUAUCAAUGAAUUUCAUCUUUGGACUUGAGUAUCUUCCCCAAGAUAUCUCAUGUAUAUGCAGAUCUUCCAAAAUAGGAAAAAAUAUCCCCAAACUGAAACACUUUGGGGCCCAAUCA